AUCAACCCCAUCACACUUCUAAUUAUUUACUUUACAAUUUUAUCUGGCCCAAUAGUCACUAUAUUAAGCGCUAACUUAUUCCUAAUAUGAAUUGGACUAGAAAUAAACCUCCUGGCUAUCAUCCCAAUAAUAACAAAAAAUACAAACCCCCGAUCAACAGAAGCAGCAACAAAAUAUUUCCUAACCCAAGCCACAGCUUCAAUAAUUUUCCUAUUAUCAAUCAUUCUCAACUACAAACAACUAGGAGUAUGAACAUUACAACCCCAAACAAACAACCAAAUCACCACACUAAUAUUUAUCUCCCUAGCAAUUAAAAUAGGACUUGCACCAUUCCACGCAUGACUGCCAGAAGUAACCCAAGGAAUCCCCAUACAAACAGGUAUAAUCCUACUUACAUGACAAAAAAUAGCUCCAAUAUCAAUCCUAUUUCAAAUAUAUGAAAUAACUAACCCAAUAAUUCUUAUAACAUCAGCCAUUUUAUCAGUACUAAUCGGAGCAUGAAACGGACUUAACCAAACACAAACACGAAAAAUUAUAGCCUACUCAUCCAUCAGCCACAUAGGUUGAAUAAUCGCUGUACUUCCAUUCAACCCAUCCCUUACAAUACUAAACCUACUAAUCUACAUUAGCCUGACAGUACCAACAUUUAUUAUACUAAAACAUAAUUCAUCCAACAACAUUAACUCUUUAUCACUCAUAUGAAGCAAAACCCCAAUAAUACUACCAACAAUUUCACUAAUUUUACUAUCUACAGGAGGAUUACCACCACUAACAGGAUUCCUACCUAAAUGAGCCAUUAUCUCAGAACUUCUAAAAAACAAUAACAUCAUACUAGCUACACUAAUAGCAAUAACAGCCCUAAUCAAUCUAUUCUUCUACACACGACUAAUUUAUUCAACCACACUAACCACAUUUCCAACAAACAACAACUCCAAAAUAUCACUACACCACACCAACCACAAAAAUAACUUCAUCCUCCCCUCCAUAGCCAUUCUAAGUACUAUAACACUUCCUCUCUCCCCACUACUAAUAACAUA